GCACGGACAUGGCUCCUGACUCCAGUGCAGAACGUGAGUGACUGAGCAGCAAAGCCCGAAUGGUCUCUAGCGACCGGCCCGUGUCACUGGAGGACGAGGUCUCCCAUAGUAUGAAGGAGAUGAUUGGAGGCUGCUGCGUUUGCUCAGACGAGAGAGGCUGGGCCGAGAACCCACUGGUUUACUGCGACGGGCACGGCUGCAGCGUCGCCGUGCAUCAAGCUUGCUAUGGCAUUGUUCAAGUACCCACUGGACCUUGGUUUUGCAGGAAAUGUGAGUCUCAGGAAAGAGCAGCAAGAGUGAGAUGUGAAUUAUGUCCUCAUAAGGAUGGUGCUUUAAAGAGAACAGAUAAUGGGGGUUGGGCUCAUGUUGUUUGUGCCCUGUAUAUUCCUGAGGUUCAGUUUGCCAACGUUUCUACAAUGGAACCUAUUGUAUUGCAGUCUGUUCCACAUGAUCGUUAUAAUAAGACUUGCUACAUUUGUGAUGAACAAGGAAGAGAGAGCAAAGCUGCUACAGGUGCUUGCAUGACAUGUAAUAAGCAUGGAUGUCGACAAGCUUUCCAUGUAACCUGUGCCCAGUUUGCAGGACUCCUUUGUGAAGAAGAAGGUAAUGGGGCAGAUAAUGUCCAAUACUGUGGCUACUGUAAAUACCAUUUUAGUAAGCUGAAAAAGAGCAAACGGGGAUCUAAUAGGUCAUAUGAUCAAAGUUUAAGUGAUUCUUCCUCUCACUCUCAGGAUAAACAUCAUGAGAAAGAGAAAAAAAAAUAUAAAGAAAAAGACAAACACAAACAAAAACAUAAGAAGCAACCAGAACCGUCACCAGCCUUGGUUCCUUCUUUGACGGUUACUACUGAGAAAACAUACACAAGCACUAGCAACAGCUCUAUGUCAGGCUCAUUGAAGCGCUUGGAAGAUACUGCAGCUCGAUUUACAAAUGCAAAUUUCCAGGAAGUCUCCUCACUCACUUCAAGUGGAAACGAUGUGUCAGAGACUAGAGGGUCAGAGAGCAAAGGGAAGAAAUCAGCAGGUCACAGCUCAGGUCAGAGGGGAAGAAAGCCUGGUGGUGGAAGGAAUCCAGGAACAACUGUAUCAGCAGCUAGUCCUUUUCAGCAAGGAAGUUUUUCAGGAACUCCAGGCAGUGUAAAAUCAUCUUCUGGAAGUUCUGUCCAGUCUCCCCAGGAUUUCUUGAGCUUUUCAGAAUCAGACCUGCGCAAUGACAGUUACACUCACUCCCAACAGUCAUCAUCAACCAAAGAUGUACAUAAAGGAGAAUCUGGAAGCCAGGAAGGAGGGGUGAAUAGUUUUAGUUCCUUAAUGGGUCUCCCUUCAACAUCAGCAGUUGUUUCACAGCCUAAAAACUUUGAAAAUUCACCUGGAGACUUGGGUAAUACCGGCCUUACUACUGCAGGAUACAAACGAGUCCAGUGUUCUGGCAUUGAAGAGGAAACUGUAAAGGAAAAGAAGAGAAAAGGAAGUAAACAAAAUAAACAUGGGCCUGGACGACCCAAAGGAAACAAAAAUCAAGAGAAUGUUUCCCAUCUCUCUGUUUCGUCUGCUUCUCCAACAUCAUCUGUAGCAUCUGCUGCAGGAAGUGUAACAAGCUCUAGUCUUCAGAAAUCUCCGACAUUGCUCAGGAAUGGAAGUUUACAGAGUCUUAGUGUUGGCUCUUCUCCUGUUGGUUCAGGUAUUUAUAGCAGCAAUGAUGUAGCAGUAUCAUUUCCGAAUGCAGUAUCUGGCUCAGGAUCUAGCACUCCUGUUUCCAGUUCUCAUUUACCUCCACAGUCUUCUGGUCAUUUGCAACAAGUAGGAGGUCUGUCUCCUUCAGCCACAUCAUCCGUAACCACUGCUGUUGCUACAACUCAGGCAAAUACCCUAUCUGGAUCUUCCUUAAGUCUAGCUCCAUCCCAUAUGUAUGGCAAUAGGUUAAAUCCAAACUCAGCAAUGGCAACUCUUAUAGCUCACUCAGAAAACAGUCAAGCAGAUCCGGAUCUUGGAGACAAUAGCCGCAGCCUUGUUGGCAGAGGAAGCUCACCCAGAGGAAGCCUUUCCCCACGCUCCCCUGUAAGCAGCUUACAGAUUCGCUAUGAUCAAUCAGGCAACAGCAGUUUGGAAAAUCUACCCCCAGUAGCAGCCAGCAUAGAGCAGCUUUUGGAACGGCAAUGGAGUGAAGGACAGCAGUUUUUGCUAGAACAGGGCACCCCUAGUGACAUUCUAGGAAUGCUCAAGUCCUUGCACCAACUUCAGGUUGAAAACCGAAGACUGGAGGAACAGAUCAAAAACUUGACGGCCAAAAAGGAGCGUCUUCAGUUGCUGAAUGCUCAGCUCUCUGUCCCCUUUCCCACCCUCACCACCAAUCCUAGUCCGUCUCAUCAAGUCCAUGCAUUUCCAGCACAAACUGCUCCGACCACAGACUCCUUGAACAGCAGUAAGAGUCCCCAUCUAGGAAACAGCUUUUUACCUGAUAGUUCUCUUCCUGCACUAAAUCAGGACUUAACCUCCAGUGGACAAAGCACCAGCAGUUCCUCGGCCCUCUCCACUCCGCCUCCUGCUGGGCAGAGUCCGGCUCAACAAGGCUCAGGAGUGGCUGGAGUUCAGCAGGUCAAUGGGGUUACUGUGGGGGCACUUGCUGGCGGCAUGCAGACUGUAACAUCCACCAUUCCUGCGGUGCCUGCAGUGGGUGGAAUAAUUGGAGCUCUGCCAGGUAACCAACUGGCAAUCAAUGGAAUUGUAGGAGCUUUAAACGGCGUCAUUCAGACCCCUGUCACAAUAUCGCAGAACCCUACUUCCCUUACCCACACGACUGUGCCACCUAGUGCAGCCCAUCCACUGCCAACAACACUGAACAACAGUGCCUCUGGACUAGGCUUAUUGUCUGAUCAGCAAAGACAACUACUUCUACAUCAACAGCAGUUUCAACAAUUGUUGAAUUCUCAGCAACUUACAUCUGAACAGCACCAGGCCCUUCUUUAUCAAUUAGUACAGCAGCACCACCACCAGCAGCAGCACCACCACCAGCCUGAGCUGCAGCAGCUCCAGCUCCCAGGCCCGUCACAGAUGCCCAUCAACAGCCUCCUGGCAGGCACCCAGGCAGCCCCGCUUCAUCCAUCAGCCACCAACCCAUUUCUCACCAUUCAUGGGGAUAAUACAAAUCAGAAAGUGACAAGACUUAAUGAUAAAACUGGGCCUGUUGCACAAGAGAAAAGUUGACCCAUAGAAAACAUUUUGGAAACUCCUUAUCCUGCUGUUUUAGCACUUCUUAUGGCUGCUAUUGCAGUCCUCCUUUCUGCAACUAUGAAGAAUGCAACAAGGAGCUAACUGCACAGCAAAGGAUUAUUUGUCAUGAGGACAUUCUUCUAAGGCUUUGAUUUACUUCCUUGUUGCUUUGUUGCACUGAAAUGGAACUCUUCUCCCCUCCUUCCCCAAGAUUUCAUGAACUUUGAAGGAAAGUUCAGCAACUAAUUAUUUUUGUCAAUGCAACAAUGUACAUGCAAUGAGUGCAUCCACCAUAAAGAGAAAACAUAUCGUUGGUGCACACUUUUUGUUACAAAUUGGACUUACAAAUAACAAAACUGAAGACUCACUCCAACGACAAAUUGCUUGAUUUUUAAUACGUAAAUUGAAAAGAAAAAAGAAACAACAAAACCAUGAUCUUUUGCUGUGGCUAGAUAUGCUUGACUGCAGGUCAAAUCCUGUUAACACAAUCUGAGGGACUGUCCAGAAUAUUUUCUUGUACUGGAAUUUUAUUGUAUUGAAAAUUGCUUGAAAUAAAUGGGUCAUCAGCUGGGACUUGGGCAAUCUUUUUGUUAGGGAGAUUUCCUUUGUAAUGGGACUUGAUCUGUAUUGUUAAUCAAGUUAUGACGGUAAUGUCUACUGCUAAAUGCUUUUACCUUAGAGUCGGUACUGACUUAUUUUGUAACACAAAGCUAUUAACCUUAGCAAGUUUUAGGCUGCUGGGUGAAUUAGAUCAAUUCAUAUAGAAAGAAUACUUUCCAUAAGAGAAGGCCACUCUGGAAAGUGCUGGUCAUAUUUGGCCUCGACCAAGUGCCUGGAAGUACCUCCAUUGUGUUGAAAUGGCUCUAGACAGCUGAGCUUGCACUGUGGGCAGUCCUUGUAAGCAGUGGGAGUUUGGGACAUUGGACCAGCAGCCUUUCCUCUGGUUCUGCCUUUAUUAAAACUUUCUAUGCCACUGUAGAUAGCUCAGGCAAAACUAUUACCUGGGAGCUUUUCCACUAAUGAGUCACCACAAAAGAAAGUGGCUGUGUAAAAAAGAUCUGUUUUGUUUAACUGCUUUCCAUUCCUGCCAGUGAUUGAAACACCACAGUGUUUAAAACAGGUAAAACUUGUAUUACGACACUUCCACUUAGGGUAGCUAAGCUCCUGGUGUGACAGUAAGGCAGAGUAGAAAUUAAACAAUUGGGGCAAUAACCACUGAUCUGUACUUAAAUGUGUGAAUUAUUAGUGGAAAAGACCCAGCUGUAAUUAGACCUCCACUGUGUACUUAGCUGGAAGAACAUGUUAAUUCUGCAAUAUGUCUCUUGGUUAAACAUUGCACAGUUCUUACCUCAUUUCUGUAAAUAAGGUUUUGUGAAUCUGUUUUGUAUUGUGAAAAAUUAAUAAGAAAACAUUGAUAUUUUGAUUUGUAAUAUUUCUAAUUGGUAGAUUUAAUUGAAAAAGUAAAAAUUAAUUUAUUUUUAUAUGUUCAGGGGGAUUUUAAAGAAAUUGUCAAAUCAUUUUUGUAGAUAAUUUACAAAAGUAAAUCAGUGUGGUUUAUUUUACUUAGCCCACUGGUUGUUAUUCUGUAACAAUUUGUAUAAAUGGUAAAAUUUGAAUGUGCUGUUAUUUUACCUAGAUGUAAAAUUCCAAUGUAUUAAAAGAAAUGUACAAAGUUUUCUGUUAAUAAAAUUUAAUAAUGUUUAUAGCCCUGUGGAGAAGAUGGAGGUUGGAAGACCUGCAUUUGUCACUUAAACA